CCGGGGGAAUCUAAAUGGACUGAGGGUCUAUCAUUAUUGGAUUCACUUAACUACUGUGAAAGUGAAUCCUUCCCAAAAUGAUUUAAUGGAUGUCAGCCAAUGAGGUACAGUCUAACCAUUACCCAUAUCACACGGCCAAUAUCUAUUUCUCUUUUAUACAGGACACUGGAACUCCCGUUACUAUUUUCCAACCGACCGCUAUUUUCCCGGUGGUACGGAGGAUACCGAAACCCAAAUGUGAAACCCUCCCCUGCUUCAAUGGAGGAGAAUGUGUCCAGAAGAAGUUGUGUGACUGCGGCAGAUAUAAUGCAUCUGGAUCUCGGUGUCAGAUAGUGUAUAACACGGGGGCCGAGAGAGACAGUAUUUGUCGCACGUGGGGACAGAACCACUUUGAGACGUUUGAUGGAGUUUAUUACUUUUUCUCUGGAAAAUUCACCUAUGACUUGUUACGACAAAAUGAGCCGGACCAACAGAGUUUUGCAAUACAGCUCCAUAAUGACGGGCAGUGCCAGGGUGCCCCCUACUCCUGCCAGCGCUCAUUCAGUCUGUAUUUUGCUGGAGAAGGAGAGAUAAAGUUACAGAAACAGGAGGUUCUCCAUAACCAAAACAGGGUGCAGCUGCCAUACACUGUGGGCAACGUGAGAAUACAGAGGAUCUCUGGGUACGUGAUUGUCCGACAGUUGUAUGUGUUCACCUUGGCCUGGGAUGGCAGCUCUGCCGUGUACAUCAGGAUGAGCCCCGAUUUCUUGGGGAAAACGCACGGACUAUGUGGGAACAAUAAUGGGGUGCAGCAGGACGAUCUGGUCACAAGCUACGGGAAAGUCACGGAGAACAUGGAUGAGUUUGUGAAUAGCUGGAGAGAAAACUCACCCGUUGAAGUCCCUGAAGCCGGAUCUGUACCUUCUCCAAAUGAGCCAGCGUGUGCCGGGCACAGCCAGGAGGCCAAGCAGACAGGACAUUCCAUGUGCAGCUUGAUAAUGCAGCCCCCAUUCCUGAGCUGCCACGAGUCUGUCAGUCCCUUCCCUUUCAUGGCUGCCUGUGCCAACGACAUGUGCUUGUCUGGAAGUGACAGGGAGACAUGGUGUCGGGCUCUUAGUGAAUAUGCACGGGCCUGUGCUCAGGCGGGACACCCACUCCAUGGCUGGAGGGCCGUAUACAAGCAGUGUGAGAUCCAAUGUGAUAAAGACUUGGUCUAUAAUGAGUGUAUUGACUGCUGCCCCACCUCCUGCCAACAAAGAAAGCCGUGUAUCGACAGUGAAAUCUCCUGCGUGGACGGCUGCUACUGUGCCCAAGGUUUCAUAUAUGAGAACGGAGCAUGUGUCCCCCCAUCAGCGUGCCCAUGUGACUUUCACGGCAUGUCCCACCAUUCUGGCUCAGUGGUACAAGAAGACUGUAAUAACUGCACAUGCACAGAAGGGAAGUGGAUUUGCACAAACAUGACCUGCCCUGCGGAAUGUUCUGUCACAGGAGAUAUUCAUAUUAUGACAUUUGAUGGCCGAAAAUACACCUUCCAGGCUCCAUGUCAGUAUAUUCUGGCGAAAAGUCUCAGCUCAGGAAUAUUUACUGUCACACUACAGAAUACCCUGUGUGGGCAGAACCAGGACGGCUCCUGCAUCCAGUCGGUGAAUGUGAUUCUGCAUCAGGACCCCAAGAAACAGGUGACUUUGACUCGCUCAGGGGAUGUGCUGGUGUUCGACCAGUAUAAAGUCAGCCUGCCCUAUACAGACGAUGUGUUUGAGGUGAGGAGACUCUCUUCAGUGUUUGUGCAGGUAAAGACCAAUAUUGGGCUACACAUUCGCUACGACAGAGAAGGGCUCAGGCUCUACCUCCAACUGGACGCGCGAUGGAAGGGCCACACAAUCGGCCUCUGUGGGACCUUCAAUGAAAACAUGCAGGACGAUUUUCUUUCCCCAGUAGGAGUGCCGGAGAGCACGCCGCAGCUCUUUGGGAAUUCCUGGAAGACUUCAUCCGCUUGCUCCUCCAAUCACUUCCCUUCACCGCUGGACCCGUGUGACGUCCAUUUACAAGCCGCCUCCUAUGCGUCUGAGAGCUGCAGUGUCCUCACCAAGGACCUCUUUGCCCCUUGCCACCCCUUCCUUAGCCCCGUGUCCUACUAUGAAAUGUGCCGGGGGGAUACAUGUAAGUGCGGCCAAACCUGUAUGUGCUCUGCCCUGGCACAUUAUACCCACCAGUGCCGCCAAUAUGGAAUCCACAUCGAUUUCAGAUCCAGUGUCUCCGACUGUGGGAUCACCUGUGAGGAUUCCAUGCAAUAUGGCACCUGUGUGACUACCUGUGGCCGCAGCUGCCAGGCUCUUUCUGUUCCAGAGACUUGUAACGGGGAAUGUGCUGAAGGCUGUGCCUGCCCCCCAGGAACCUAUUUAGAUACCAAGUCGGAAAGAUGUGUGGAACGGAGUGAGUGUCCCUGUUAUUUCCAAGGAAUUCACUACAGUCCCGGAGAGAAUAUAAUAACAUCCCUGGGCAAAUGCCUCUGUAAUGAUGGGAUUAUGAACUGUGAGAGCAGCACUGAGGUACAAACCUGUCCGAUUGGGCAGAUCUAUUAUAACUGCAGCCGACCAGAACUCGAUGCAGAACUGAGCCGGGAACGGACCUGUGAGAACCAACUCCUCAAUCUGACAAUGUCGGCUCAUCUUCCUUGUCUCUCGGGAUGUGUCUGCCCCAAGGGGCUGGUUAAACAUGGAGACGAAUGCUUUGAGCCAGACGCGUGUCCGUGUUCAUGGAAAGCCAAGGAAUACUUCCCCGGAGAUGUGGUCAAUUCCUCCUGCCAUACGUGUGUUUGCCAACACGGAUCCUUCCAGUGCUCCUUCCACCCCUGUCCCUCCAUGUGCACCACCUAUGGGGACCGCCAUUACCGCACCUUUGAUGGGCUUUCUUUUGAUUUUGUGGGGGCCUGUAAAGUUCACCUGGUAAAGGCUUUAUCCCCCACCAGCUUUUCCGUCAUUGUAGAAAACGUGAAUUGCUACAACAUGGGGAUCAUCUGCCGCAAACUGAUCUCUAUCCAUGUCGGACAUUCGCUCAUUAUAUUCAACGACGACACCGGCAACCCGAGCUCCGCCAGUGUCCUGAAUAAGAGGCAGAACAUCCACAUCUGGCAGGCAGGAUUCUUCACAUUUGUACAUUUUCCUGCAGAGCAAAUUACUCUUGUCUGGGACCAAAGAACAACCAUUCACCUGCAAGUUGGCCCACAGUGGCAGGGUGAGCUCAGUGGACUGUGCGGGAAUUUUGACCUGAAAACGGUAAAUGAAAUGAGGACCCCCGAUAACUUUGAUCUGACCAACUCUCAGGAAUUUGGAAACAGUUGGGCAGCGGUGGAGUGUGCUGACAGCUCAGACAUUAGGAACCCCUGCAACAUGAACCCCCUGAGAGAGCCCUUUGCUAAGAAGGAAUGUGCCGUCCUGAUGAGUGAGCUGUUUGAGGCCUGCCAUCCAGUGGUAGAUGUCACAUGGUUUUACUCCAACUGCCUGUCGGACACGUGCGGCUGUAGCCGAGGGGGUGACUGCGAGUGUUUCUGCACCAGCGUUUCUGCCUACGCACAUCAGUGCUGCCAACAAGGAGUUGCCAUUGACUGGAGGUCCCCCAGGCUGUGCCCGUACGACUGUGAAUACUUCAAUAAAGUUCUAGGGAAAGGGCCUUACAGACUGGUCACUUACUUGGACCGGAGCCUGGUGCUUGGAACCCGACCAGAGGACGGGGGAGUCUUUGCUAUGAGGGGAGGCGAUUCUAUUGCAGGAGGCUCAAUACAUUUCAUGCUGACCCCCGGCCUCUACAAACCCAGGGCCCACGACCGUAACCUGGUGUCUUUGGAGAUUGCGGAUCGGCCCAACUACUUCCUGCACGUCGGAGCGAACGGAACCCUCCAUGUUGCUAAGUGGCAGAAAAGUGAGGAGUUUCACAGCAGAUCCACGUUUGUGAUCCACAAGAACACAUGGAUUGCCGGGUACAACGCCUUCGAGAGUUUUGCCAAACCCGGGCACUUUGUUCGCAUCACGGCGUCGGCCGUAUUCCUCACCAAAUAUCACCAUUCUGUGGCCUUCAGGCUCUCCACCAUCUUCCGCUUAGCAGAGUCAAAUUCAAGGACCGGCUCUCGCCCAAUCUGUGAGUGGCGCUACGAUGCCUGUGGCAGCGCCUGCUUCCGCUCCUGUCGGGAUCCACUAGGGGAAUACUGCCGGGACGUCCCAAAGGUGGAAGGAUGUAUCCCCCUUUGCCCCCCGGAGAUGGUGCUGGAUGAAGUGACAAGGAAAUGUGUGUUCUUUGAUGACUGUAUUGAACCCGCACUUGGUGUCAUUACACUGAUUUCUACUCCUGCACCCACAAAACUUCAAACUCUGACUCCAGCAGUUACCAUGACAACCUACCCAACUGUAAUUUCAACUUUGCCUCCAACUACUCAGCUAAGUUCCAUCUCACCGAUGCCUUCUAAAUGGAUCAUUCCCUCCACUCCAGAACCGGUAUCUGAAAUCCAGAGAAAUGUCUCAGUGUUCUUUUCAGCUGAAACGCUUGAGACCUCAGAAGAGCCGGUGACAGCGUAUUCCUUUAUUCCAGAGGGAACGAGCACCCCAACUCCAACAGGCCCCCAGCAGAAUCUCACAGCAAUCACUACAGUGCAUGCACCAAGGAUUUCAGAGGCUAGUGAAACAACUACUGUUCCUUCCUCAGAAAUCCCCCUUCCCUUAACUGAACAACCUUCAGAGCCACUGACAUUGCCACUAGUCUCAACCGCUCCAGCCACCAAUGAAACCACAUCCCUGGCACCAACACUGAGUGUCAGUAGCAUGGAGACUGAAGGGACAAGCACCUCUCUAGGAACAUCCCGCUCCCUUCCCACAGCCAAGCCAAAGUCAACUCAACUGGAAGGAACAGUGUUUUCCAUUUCAACAAAUGCUACAAGAACAUUAACUUCUCCCUUAGUCACAGCAAUGCUCACCAGUGAAAGAACUACACUCCUUCCUACCAAGGAACCCAUAUUUACUUCCAUUUCUACCACAGAAAGUCUAAGCACAUCUGCUGUUUCAGUUCUAACAACCAUAGAGCCUCAUCAUAUAGCUACAGUAAAUGCCACAUUUUCUGCAAUGACAAUGAGUACCAGCACCUCAACACCAUUGCACUUAUUGAUCACUACGUUGCAUGUUCCUACAAUAUCUGAGGUUACAACCACACUUAGUUCUCUUCCUUCCUCGGCAGUUCCUGUCUCCUUAAGCACAUCUCCAACAGCACCAACAACAUCAUCAUACACCACCAAGCUUGUCACACCCUUACCAGUCACUAAUAUAAGCGCAACCCAAGCUCCCGCACUGAGUGCUACCAGAAGAGAGACAAACAGGACCACAGUUCUAUCAGCAAUGCCACAGUCUACUGGACUUGAGGGAACAUUAUUUACAGCAUCAACAAAAGUCCCAAGAAUAUUAUCUACUGCUCUUGAGAUGGACAUGCUCACCACUGAAAGAACAACUUUGCUUCCUACUAAGGAGCCCACAUUUGCUUCAACAGAAGGCCCGAGCACAGCUUCUGUUUCAGUUCUGGCAACCAGAGAGCCUCCUGAGAUGUUGUACACAUUGUCUACACCUGUUUCUUCUACUCAUGGAUCCACAGAAAAGACCACACUGGCUACAACAAAAACAAGUACUGAGAAGAUAGCUACAUCACAGACCACACCAACAGAUUCAUACCCUGGGACAGCUACAACUAGAAUUCCUUAUGCUUUGUUUUCUAGUCCAGUGGUUAAAGACAAGUUAUCUACACCAACAGGUACUGUAACUAUCACUGAGGAGAGGGUUAAAGACCGGUUAUCUACAGCAACAACUGCAGUUACUGUCACUGAGAUGGUCAAAGAAAGGUUAUCUACACCAACAACUGCAGUUACUGUCACUGAGAUGGUCAAAGACAAGUUAUCUACGCCAACAAGGGCAGUUACUGUUACUGAGAUGAUGACCAAAGAGAGGUUAUCUAGACCAACAAGUUCAGUCACUAUCACUGAGUUGAUGGUCAAAGACAGGUUAUCUACACCAACAAGUGCAGUCACUAUCACUGAGAUGAUGGUUAAAGACAGGUUAUCUACACCAACAAGUGCAGUCACUAUCACUGAGAUGAUGACCAAAGAGAGGUUAUCUACAGCAACAAGUGCAGUCACUAUCUCUGAAGGGAUGGUCAAAGACAGGUUAUCUACACCAACAAGUUCAGUCACUAUCACUGAGGAGAUGGUCAAAGACAGGUUAUCUACACCAACAAGUUCAGUCACUAUCACUGAGGAGAUGGUCAAAGACAGGUUAUCUACACCAACAAGUUCAGUCACUAUCACUGAGGAGAUGGUCAAAGACAGGUUAUCUACACCAACAAGUUCAGUCACUAUAACUGAGGAGAUGGUCAAAGACAGGUUAUCUACACCAACAAGUUCAGUCACUAUCACUGAGGAGAUGAUCAAAGACAGGUUAUCUACACCAACAAGUGCAGUCACUAUCACUGAGAUGAUGACCAAAGAGAGGUUAUCUACAGCAACAAGUGCAGUCACUAUCACUGAAGAGAUGGUCAAAGACAGAUUAUCUACACCAACAAGUACGGUCACUAUCACUGAGAUGAUGGUCAAAGACAGGUUAUCUACAAUGGAGAGUCCAGCAACUGCCAUUAGUCAGGUAGUAAAAGACAGACUACCAAUACUAACAAGUUUGGCAACCACCAGUGGCAUUUCGGAAACCUCUGCAACUACAGAGUUUAUUUCUUACCCUAAAGGAGUGCCAACUUCAUUACAAACCACAAUACUGGUAGUACAGGACAUGGUCACACCAUUUGCCACCAAAGUGUUACCAACUGAAAUUUCAGGAAAACAAACAGGAUCACUGGGAGUGUCUCCAGAAACCAGAAUUACAGAGACCAAGGCUGCAUCUCCUACAGAAACUACUACUCUCGUAACUGUCACUUUUCCACUGGCAACCAGCAAGAAUGACACUCAACAACCAGUCUCUGAGACUCUUGGUGUCUCUACAACUGCAAUACCCACAUCAGCUUUGUAUCCUCAAACCAUUCCAGAGAUUUCCACUAGGGAACAUGUUUUUCAGCCUCCAACACUGACUGUAGAGACAUUAACACCGACGGUCACCCUGGAGAAAAGCACGAGAACUCCAGUUCCAACCAUCUUAUUGACAACAAAGGUGGAAACCACAAAAUCAGUCAGUAGUGCACUUACAUUAUCUGAAGCACCAACUGACAGAACGACUAAAGUAUCACUGGUAACUCCAGCUUUUUCUACUUUGCAAGAAAUAUCUACAGUGUGGUCAACAGAGGAGCCCUCUUCUUUGAGAACAUCACGUGUGACUUCUCCAUCUUCACUAGCUACACUCAGCAUUACUGGCACCACACUACGUCCUUACUCAGAGCCAACCAAUGACACACUAACCACAAGACUUACUGCAGUCCCUUUCACUCUGUCUACCACCAAAUCCAAACCAGUCUUGUCCCCUGAAGUAACUGCCAUCUCUCACUUAAUGCCUACUGUAACAAGGAAGGUAACUAAAAAACUCAAAGAUUUAACAGGAACCAUGGGGCCAUCUGAUGUUCAAACUACAGUUCAAGAAAUAAGGAAUGCAACAAUUCCUCCUAUAUAUACAGAAUCUACAGAUGGGACAUCAACGGCCACUGUCUAUUACACCUCAAGAUUGCUAGAGCCAACAUCAAUAAAGCCAUCAACAGCAUUGUCUACUAAAAAUGUUACUGAAGCAACAGCAAUCACUGAGGCCAGUGCAACAAUAUCCAGGCUGAGCUCAGCCAGCCCUUCAGCAGAUAUCAUCAGGAUAACGCAGUUAACUAGUCAACGCUCUGCUUUUACUAGCUCAUUAUCCCAAGCUUACUCAGCUGUCUCUUCUCCAUUGAAAAGCACAGGAAUAAAGGAACUGAUACCGGAAUCCUUUGCCACGUCUCCCAGCUUUGUUUCAGCUGGAGAUGCCACAAUGACCAUGGUCAAGGAACCAACUCACCUAGUUGGCCAGGUUAGCACAAUGACUACCUCCUCUACAGCCAGAGCAACACCACCAAUGGUUACAAUGACUCGUUUGCCAUCUAAGGACAAGGCAGAAUCGUUAUUUACAUCAACGAGAGUCACAUCUGGAUUGAAAGAGCUGUCAUCGGCAGAUGCCUAUAAAACAACAGGUCAGCUUAGUUCUGUUUCUCAGCCAGGCAGUCCAUCAGUCACUGUUUCUGAAACAUUAGCCCCUCUUCAGCCAACACCAAAAGGAUCGCCGGCUGCUGGGCUAGUAACUGAGGAGAUGUUGACACCAGCAAUAACAAUAACAAGAGAUAAAGUUUCAGGGACACCUAAGCCUGUGUUUCUUUCAACCACCACCUACAGUCCACCCCCUAUGACCAUGGCAGUCACGGCAACUUCUGUGUAUUGGACUCCACUUCUGGGCUUUCUGUCCACCAAGAUUCCAACCUUUCCCAGGCUGACCCACGCAGUCUCGGACAUUCCACAGAAAACAGUCCAAGAGGUUCUGGCAACUUCAAUGAAAACGACCAAUUAUUCCACAGUCUAUAGAGCCACAGAGCUCACCACAUUGAAACUAUCAGAGCCAACUACAUCACCGACACCUUUAUAUUCACCCACACCCAAUGCCACAGCAACGGUUUAUGCUUCUCCAGUCACUUUGGCCUCUUAUGUGACCAAACACCCGUACGCACCGACAACGCACGCCGUUAGCCUGUUCCCUAUCAGUGCAACCAGCCUGGAGUCACUGUCCCAAACACAAGCCAUGACCUCUCCUGCCCUGAUUUCAGGAACGUCCCUGACAUUAAACACCACAUUCAUUUCACCAGUGUCAGGGUCACCCUCCUAUGUCUCUCAGACCUAUCCGCAGAGCGUUUCGGCCUAUUCACUUGACCGGAGAACAGAUGAGGGAAUCUCAGAAGGACUGACUGUGUCGGCUUUGGUGCCCUCCAGAGAAACAGCCACCUCCCAAGCUUGUGUGCCGUACGCCGAAAACGAGUGCAUUAAACACAUCUGCGUGGACGGGCAGCUCAUCCAAGUCAACAAGUCGCAGCACUGCCCUUAUACUGCAACUCAGCCGGGCUGCGGCCUCCUUGGAUUGGCCGUACGGAUCAACGGCGACAAGUGCUGCCCCAAAUGGGAGUGCGCAUGUCGCUGCUCCAUCUUCUCCGACCUGAGCUUUGUCACGUUUGAUGGCAGCUACAUGGCUCUAUAUAAAGAAGCUUCUUACAUCCUCAGCCUGACAGAAGAUGAAUCCAUAACUGUCCAGGUUUCCAAAUGUGCCCAGACAGGCAGGGCCAACGGCAAUAAUGUGACCCUGUGUAUAUCAGGCCUGGAACUUUCCCACUUAUCCAAUCAGAUUGUCAUUGAUCGGCUGAACAGGAAGGUGGCCGUGAACGGCAGAUACGCAUGGCCCAUGGUUAGGAAAUACGGCUACAAAAUAGUGGACACGGGAAACAUGUAUUUGAUUGACACUCCUGGAAACGUGAAAAUUCAGUGGUUUCACAGCAGCGGCCUGAUGAUCAUUGAGUCCAACUCCACCAAUAAACUUCCAUCGAUGGGUCUGUGCGGUCUGUGUGAUGGCAACACCACAAAUGAUCUAAUUUUGCCCAACGGCCGAAUCCUGACCAAACAAGAGGACUCGGUGGAAUUCCUGGACAGCUGGAUGGUGCCCUACACUGUCAAAUAUGUGGGCAAGGAACGGCACCAAGACGCAAACUGCACCACCCAGGACUGUGCCAAGUGCUUGGAAAUGAUUCAGAACCAGACAUUCAGCAGCUGCCACCCUUAUGUGUCUCCUGAGACUUUCUGUGACUUGUGGGUGCAGGACCUGGAAUUCAUUGAAGAUCCAUGUAAAGCUGUGACUGCCUACGUCUCCAUGUGCCAUAAAUACAAUGUCUGUAUCCAGUGGAGAAGAACGGACUAUUGCUUUUUCCAGUGCCCAGAAUCCCUUCAGUACCAGCCUUGUUUGCCUGUUUGUGAUGUUCCACGGAGCUGUCAGAAUAAUGAGAUUGAUGUGAGUGACACAGAAUCCUGCACUGGCCUGACAGAGGGGUGUGUGUGCCCAAAGGGAUCUGUUUUACACCGCUCAUACUCAACCUUGUGUAUUCCAGAGAGAAAGUGUGCCUGUACCGAUAGCUCAGGAACCCCACGUGCCAUAGGAGAAGUGUGGAAAACCUCCCAUUCCGGAUGCUGCAUGUACCAAUGUAUCGACAACGAGACCAUCGUUCCCAUAGAGACCAACUGCAGCUCCAUGGUGGAACCUCCCUGCCUCAGAUAUGGAGAAGUGCUCGUGUCUGUAUCUGAUAGUCACUCCUGUUGCCCUGAGCGAGUCUGUGUGUGUAAUCAGAGUCUGUGCCACGUCCCUGUUCCUGAGUGUGAGAGUUGGGAGAAGCUGACGGCAUAUUAUCAGGAAGACUCCUGCUGCCCCAGAUAUUCCUGCGAAUGUGACCCAGUUAAAUGUGAGCGGCCUGAGCAGAACCAGCACUGCCGGGAGGACCAGACUCUCUUUGCUUCUCCAGUGAACAAUUCCUGCUGUGUCCGACACUUCUGUGGGUGCAAUGUCUGUUCUACUCCCAUUCCAUCCUGCCGAGCUGGAGAAAUCCUCAUGGUGGAGGGAAACAGUACAGAACUCUGCUGCCCUUCCUAUAAAUGUGUUUGUGACGCCACUCGGUGCCCAGAUAUUAGAUGUGACUUUGGGACGUCGCCCGUGGAGAUUUGGAGCCCUGACACCUGCUGCCCCUACAGAACCUGCGAAUGUUCCUGUGAUAAAGUCCCAGUACCAGAGUGUAAACUGGGAGAAAAGCUGCAAAUUGAUGAGGAAUUUCAACAUUCAGCCUCUAAUAUCUGUAAUUGCACCGUAUAUAAAUGUGUGCAGGACAGUGUGUGUCUCAGUAAGGAGAGGGGAGUCCUCAGACCAGGACAGACGAUCAUGGAACACAGACCCGAUGGCACCUGCCACUCCUCUCACUGUACCCCCCUAGUGGAUCCCGUCACCAAAUACCAUCGGAUCAACGUCACAUCCCUAAUGUGUGCGGCAAAGUGCCAAGCUAACCAAGUAUACGACCCCCCGAGAGACCUGACCACGUGCUGUGGGCGCUGCCGGAAUGUUUCCUGCCUCCAAACAUUACUGAAUGGGACACUGCUCAGUCACAGGCCUGGUACCUCUUGGAUUUCUAAUUGUGUCAAAUAUGACUGCACAAACACCUCAGUAGGACCAGUCUUACUUACCUCUGCUAUCAACUGCCCUCCAUUUAAUGAGACAGAGUGUGUAAAGAUGGGAGGAUAUGUGGUGUCAUUUUUAGACGGCUGCUGCAAGACAUGUAAAGAGGACGGCAAGUUCUGCAAGCGAGUCACAGUCCGAAUGACCAUCAGGAAGAACGACUGCCGGAGCCACACUCCUGUGAACAUUGUGUCAUGUGAUGGGAAGUGCCCCUCGGCCAGUAUCUAUAACUACAAUAUCAACACGUACGCCCGCUUCUGCAAGUGCUGCCGGGAGUUGGGGCUGCAGAGACGAGUGGUGCAGUUAUACUGUAGCGGGAACUCCACGUGGGUCAAUUACUCCAUCCAGGAACCCACGGACUGUUCAUGUCAAUGGUCUUAAACCCCAGUCCCACAAAGAGACAUUUGGGCCAAGGAAACACAAGUGAUUCCCAUGAGACCAAUGACUAUAGGGAGCCCAAUGACCCAGCGCUAAUCUAUACACGGAAAUUGCUUCUCCACUACCCUCGGCCCAGUAGCUUUACAGAAACGUCCCCCCCAAUUUGUCCCCCCAACUGUCAUAUAACUGUGCCAAUUCCUGAAAUGAAGCCAACGUUCCAUAAGUGCCGGCGCCAUUAGAUAUUACCACCAUUCCAGCUGCUUGUCAGAGCUUCUCCUUGUCCCAGUUCCAUGUAAUUCUCUGAUACCCCAAAAGUACCAUCUUUGUGGUUGGCAUUUGACUGCCCUGUGUUUAGUGGGUUCCCUUCCACUGACCCGUAUUCAGAGGCCCACUGGGCAGAGAGAAUGGGCAGAUAUUUGUAGGUAUCAGCUAGUGACGGGAUCCGCUGGGUGCCCCACUGUGUAUAAUGGGCACAACAGAUUGUGGCAGCAGCAAGACCGGUAUCAGAGAAGGUCCAAGUCAGUGGAACCAUGAGUGAUAAAGGAGGUCUCUAGAACCACAAAGAACCACAAGGAACUCCCAGCGACUCACUCCAAGGGGUUCCUAUUUCAUGCCAAGGGUUUUGCUGAUCAGUGGAAGGUGUUGGGCUGAUGCCAGAGAUCCACAAGGAGCCCUCACGUGUCCCACUGGAUGUUCAGAAUGGGGGAGACAUCAGUGUUGAGCACAGUAGAAGCAAAGGCUACUGAUUUCCUUAUGGACCACCCAGUGAAAGUUAUGGAUUCCUGGGGAGAUAUUCCUCCUGCACUAUUACAGCUUCUCUCUGUACCUCCUUUCUGUACCCCAAAGUAAGUGCCCCAGAUCCUCCAGCUGAUCAAUAUUCGGCUCCAAGCUCAGCUCUCUGUGUACCCGCUGGGACGAGGGCAAACUGGCGGCUCCAGAUGCACUUUACCUCAAAGGGAAAGCAAACCCAUAAAUGACACUAGAUUUCCCCCGCGACUUGCCCCUCUUUUUGUAAUACAAUGAAUUUGCUCAAAUACAUGUGACUUUUGUAAAGUUAUUUUGUUAUAUGUAGUAGGAACUGCCAGUGCAGAAAUGUCUCAAUAUAAUAACAAUGAGAAUUA